AUGUCUACAGCAAACGAUUCAGUUCCAUCAGAUGCAGUGUUUACAAACGUUGACAAAAAGCUUCGGAAGGAGUUGAAGGCCGUUUGGCUUCAGCAUCCAGACAACUGGUCAUUCUAUGGAUCUCUCUUCUUCUGCUGCACGGUUUUUACAACUGUGGGCUACGGCGAGAUCUACCCGGUGACAGUGGCGGGCAAGCUCCUGUGCAUCCUGUACGCCAUGGUGGGCAUCCCGCUCAUGCUGCUGGUCAUCACGGACGUGGGCGACCUGCUGGCACGCCUCUUCUCCCGCGCGUACCACCACCUGCACAAGCUCAUGAAGCACCUGCGGCGACGCCUGCUCCACCGCAAGCGCGCACACGGCGGGGGCAACGGAGGCUGCACGCGCUCCGACGGCACGUACGUCUGCACCCACGAGGUGGUGGUGCGCGAGCCGCUGGACAUCAAGCAGGUGAUGCAGACGCAGGCCUCGGUCAAGCGCAAGUCGGUGCAGCUCUUCAGCAACGCGCAGAUCUUCGAGCGGCUGAUCGCCCGCGAGAAGCUGCGGCGUCCGCUGGGCGCGCUGCAGCGCAGCCGCUCCUGCCCGGAGCUGAGCCGCGGGCCGCCGUCGCGCUGGCCCGCCUGGGACCUGGAGGGCAUCGGCGAGGACAUGGAGGCGCUCAACGUGCCCCUGAUGCUGAUCCUGCUGGUGGUGUCGGCCUACAUCCUGCUCUCCGGCCUGCUGCUGCGCCUCUGGGAGACCGACUUCUCCGCCUUCGACUCGCUCUACUUCUGCUUCAUCACGCUCACCACCAUCGGCUUCGGCGACAUCGUGCCGUCGCACCCCAAGUACUUCAUGGUGACCUUCAUCUUCAUCAUCAGCGGCAUGGCCAUCAUGUCCAUGGCCUUCAAGCUGGGCCAGUCCACCAUCGUCUCCUGCUACCGCCGCUGCAUGAGGUGCAUCAGCCGCGGACGCGUCAAGUACGAGGUCGUCCAGAACGAGUGA